AUGGGCAGAUCGCGACGAGCUGGACGCUUAGUCCAGCUCCGCCGACUAACACGAGCGUACGCUACCCCUGGGAUCUUUGACCCCAGGACCUUUGACAGGCCUCUAGAGCCUGAAAAACCCACGCUCCCGUUUCACCCUCCUUCACCCAACAACCCUCCGCUAACCCCCUGCUAUCCACACCUCCCACCACCAUACAGGCCACCGGACCCUUGCCCGGUCAGGGCGUGGGCUCCGCGCCCGCCGAUCACCCCCGCACCUAGGCCCCCAAGGGCCAGCCUGGUCAGCCCGCCACCUGCGCCACCGGCGGAACCGACGAAGAACUCCCCGCCAGAACCGAAGGCCCUGCAACCAAGCCUGGCCCCUCGCAAGACUAGACCCUGCGUCGUGAGGAUAGAGGCCCUCCCCCAGAAGGUCCGACUCGUGAAACGGCCCAGGAGACCACACCGGGAGAAGGACAUGCCCGCGCUACUUUAA